AUGAAGUUCACGAUUGUCUCUAUUCUUCUAGCGGCCGCUUACACCCUGGCCACUCCAGUUAAUACUAAACGUGAUAACUUUCUCCAAAUUACCGAACUUCACGCCCGAGCAUCUUUAUCAGCUACUAUGCACUUUGUGGUCACCGACCCGAACUAUCCUGAUGACACACCUACUGAAUGCAACUUGAUCUGGACUUAUGGCCAGAACCCUAAACUUGACGCUCGCUGUAACAAUGGAGAGUACUAUAUCAGAUUCCCUAUGGGCCCUCCCGACUUUAAUCUUUUCACACUGGAGCUGGAGAGAGUUUCCGGGCCCAUCGCUGAAGAGGGUCGAAUACUGCUGAGCUCCAACGCCAACGGAGGAGCCCCUGGCACGAAAUGGAUUUGCGUUGAUAACCCCGAGCCUCACGUCCUCAUUGACUGCAACUACAAGGGAACCCUUGAGAUAGGAGUAUAA